UCUCACUGUAGACAGCCACCUGUUCAUACCUGUCUGCCUCUAUAGGGGGGCCAAAUGGAGCGUUGGAGGUUGAGCUUACAGGCCAGCAUGUUUCAGUUCAUGCUGUUCACUACUCUUCUGCUGGAUUUAUCCGCAGUGUCCAACACAGCUGUUCUAGUACGGGAUGGAUCCUCUGUGACUUUGCUCUGCAAAAACUCUAGCAUGAGUAAUGCUUGCUGGAGCAGAACAUGUAAUGGGUUUUGGUGCGUUGAACCAAUAGUGGAGGUAUCCGGACCUGACAUGUUUGGCCCGACACACCCUGACAAAUACAGCCUCAGAGGAGACCUGAGCAUUGGAGAGCUAGACCUCACCCUUUCAAAUGUGAAGCCAGCAGACAAUGGGACCUACUGCUGCAUGACCAGUGCAUCACCAAACUCAAUGACCUACCAUCUGAAAAUAGUUAAUGGCAAGUGGUUUUAAGUCAAUGUCCUUAAACCCUGGCCCAGGGAAAGUACUCCCUUUCUAAGUAUGUGUUUGCCUUUAUUGUUGCUUGUGUCACUGAUCGUUGUAACAAACAGUAUAUUUACUAUCAACUCACUGCGAUACUAGACUUUUGUCCAACAGCAGCAAAUGUCAGAUUUUGGAAUGUCGAAUCAUCACUAGAAUUGACUUGCCUGGUCAAAAUAAUGACAAUAGCUCAUCACAAUAAUGACUUCAAUGAAGCAAUGACCCAGAUUUGGUUAAGUUUAGGCAAGGACUCAACUUGGUCAGGGUCGGGGCUAUUGUUAAUUAAGGGAGAAUUUACACGACCAUUAGACCUGAUCACGUGCUAACACCUGCUCAGCAGCCCUCUGGUGGACGAACUGUCAUACUGCCUCCCGACGUAUAACCACCUUGGUCAGACGUCCAAUAGCGCAGUCUGAGGCAUGCGACCUGGCUGACUUGUCUGAACUGUUUUAUUUUGUCUUUGUCACACAGGUUGUGUGAGGGAGCUCCUGAAAGAUGUUUGUUUCAUUUAUAAUGACAUUAAGCACUUUGCAAGCCCAAAUGCAAACCAAUGUCAACAGAGCUGCACCCAACUUGAUGCCUGUCAGUAUUUCACAUAUAUUCACAGUCGACAAGAGUGCUAUCUGAAGGGCUCAGCUGGUGGCAGGGCAAUGAAUGUGAUACACUUAGAAGACAGAGUUUCAGGCUACACCCUUAAAGACUGCAAGGAAAAAGGAAAGAAAACUGUAAGCAUGGUGAAGAUGUUUCUGAAAGUACCUCCAGGAGUUGACCUUAAUGACCCUCUGGUGAAAGAGCAAAUUCUCACACAGAUACAGGCAGAGAUCGCCCAGACAGAUGGAGGUGCAUCUGUGCGAUGGAAGGAGCAGUCGGAUGGAAAAGUCUUCCAGAAGAAAGAGAAAGAGGAGAGAAAGAAAGAACGACAGUGUGUAAAGAAGUCACAGGAAUGCUGAGUGAGACUCCUACAGGGGACAAAGUGGACUUCAUUUAUUUGAAAGAGAAAUUAAAUUGUUGACGAAGACUUUCUUCUAAUUGUUCUGCUUUAUCUGAAAUGUUACGUCAUGUUCAAAGAGUUGUAGUAGGCACAACAGGGUAUGCUGAUUUGUUAAUCAUAAUCUGUUCAUCAAAGUUUAAGUCUUCAUUCUUUUUAUGCUUUAUUUAACCAUGAUCAGUCACAUUGGCUGCUAACCGUUUGCUGUCUUACCGGCUGCUCUCAGAAUAGACAAUCGGACAAUUUAUUUAUUUUUAUUAUUAUUAUGUUUCUUCUUGGGCCUCUAUAACUAUAUCUAUUGUUUUUAUUUUUUUGUUGUUGUGUGAUUUUGGAUUAAUCCCCUCUACCACACGGAACCCCACUAAUCUACUGACGGAAUGCAAGAGGUGGCUAACAACAAACCUCCAUCCUAUGCUAGCUUGCUACCGAUGGCCUGGCUAGCUGUCUAAAUCGCCGUGACCCCCAACCAACCUCUACACUCACUGGACCCUUUUGAUCACUCGACUAAGGAUGCCUCUCCUUAAUGUCAAUAUGUCUUGU